AAAACAUUGCUAUCUGAUCUGUAGUUGCAAGAAAAAAGGAGUAAUAAUAAGAAGGAAAUCUCUCUUGGAUAAAUUGGAAGCGCUUCAAAUUUGCAAAGGGAUUUAGUGCCAGCUGCUGUAGAAGGUUUUACAAAGCCACCUUUGGCACCAGGAUGGAUGAAAUUCUUCAGACCUAAAUGAAAGAUCACUAUUUGAAGAAGUAACCAGAAUAAAUGAGCAGAGUGAAAACAAAUGGAUGAAGUUCUUACCAUGCACUGAACACUGGAACAUCAGAUGCAAAGCUCUGGGAAAAUGUCUGCUUGCAACACCUUCACUGAACACGUCUGGAAACCUGGUGAAUGUAAAAAUUGCUUCAAACCCAAAAGCUUGCACCAGCUGGCCCCAGCCUCUGAAAAGGCUCCCCUCUCUCAUGGUAAUCUGAAAACCAAUGCAAAUCACAGCAACAAUCACCGUGGUAGAAAUACAGGAAAUUUCCGACCCCCUGUAGCAAAGAAACCCACGAUAGCUGUGAAACCCACCAUGGUGGUGGUAGAUGGGCAGAGUAUCAGUGGUGAGAUCAGCACACCAGAUCAUUGUGAGAACAAGCCGAUAAUUAAAGGAUGGAACCGAAACAAGGCUGUCUUGAACAAAAAGCCACCGAACAAUAAUAACGAAGAUGAAAUUGAAGGUUAUAGCCACAUUCAUAGGCCUUAUGGCAACAAUGAUAGUGUAGGUAAGAUACCAAAUAAUAAUGAUAAUGGACUGACAGAAGUGUUAAAGGAAAUUGUAGGUUUGGACACCACACCUCAGCUAGCAGCAAAUGAAAUGAACUCAAAGGAAAUGUUCUUGGGAAGAAUAAAUAAUUGCUAUAAAAGAUCAUUAGAAAGACAGAUCCCUCCAAGCUGCAUGAUGGGUGGAAUGAAGGAUUCUCAUAGUAAGCAUGUUAUUCUGAGUGGAAGCACUGAAGUAAUAAGUAAUGAAGGUGGGCGCUUCUGUUACCCAGAAUUCUCCAGUGGAGAUGAGAGUGAGGAUGAUAUGUUUUUUGCCAGCAUGCAAGAAGAACAUGAAAGUUGGGAUGAAAGUGAUGAAGAGUUACUAGCAAUGGAAAUUCGUAUGCGGGGCCAACCUCGCUUUGCUAACUUUAGAGCUAACACUUUGUCUCCUGUCCGGUUUUGUGUUGACAAAAAAUGGAACACUGUGCCUUUAAGGAACAAGUCUCUCCAGAGGAUCUGUGCCGUAGACUAUGAUGAUAGCUAUGAUGAAAUUCUAAAUGGUUAUGGAGAAGAAACUGUGAUCCUUUAUGGUCAGGAAAGCCUGCAGAGUAUGGUAUCAUCUGAUUCCACAUCUCCUGAUUCUUCUUUGACAGAAGAGUCUCGGUCUGAAACAACCAGCAGUUCAUCUCAAAAACUCUGCAAUGGAGGGUUAUCUCCCUGUAUCCCUAAGGAGAUCAAGUUGAUUGAGCCAGAUUAUGAGAGUCUUUGUGAUAAGCAGCAAGUAAAAGAUGUGUCAAAAGCUUCCAGAAACACUACAAAAAUUCUAGAGACUCACAAGGCAGUUCUUGCACUUAGAUUGGAAGAGAAGGAUGGCAAGAUUGCAGUACAAAGUGAUAAUCAAGAAAGCAAAAGUCCGACAGAAGUUACUGGUCAAGCAGUGACUAUAAACUUGGUACCAAUGGAAGAUCAAGCCAAACCUUACAGAGUGGUGAAUAUGGAACAACCAGUGUGCAGGCCAUAUACUAUAGUGGAUGUGUCAGCAGCCAUGACCAAUGAAUGUAUGGAUGGUCAAACUGAAAGCUCAGAUACAAACAGUACGCCCUCUAACCCAAAUUCACCAGGAACUCUAAGUACACAGAUUAUAUCUACUACUGCAUCAUCUGGGCGAGUAAAUGCCAAUCUAAAGAAAUCCAGUGCAGUCAGAUACCAAGAAGUAUGGACAUCUAGUACUAGCCCACGACAAAAGAUACCUAAGGUGGAAUUAAUUGCUAACAGCUCAGGACCAUCAGUCCCUCCAAGGAAAAGCAGCCACAAAUCUGCUCCUACUUCACCUACAGCCACAAAUAUUUCUUCAAAAACCAUCCCAGUAAAGUCACCCAAUUUGUCUGAAAUAAAAUUUAAUAGUUACAACAAUGCUGGCAUGCCACCUUUCCCAAUUAUCAUUCAUGAUGAGCCUACAUAUGCUAGAAGUUCAAAGAAUGCUAUCAAAGUUCCUAUUGUAAUCAAUCCAAAUGCAUAUGAUAAUUUAGCCAUCUAUAAAAGUUUUCUGGGGACCAGUGGAGAACUAUCAAUCAAAGAUAAAACUACAAGUGUAAUAAGCCACACAUAUGAAGAAAUAGAAACAGAGAGCAAAGUCUCUGAAAACAUACCCAGCAAACCCUCUGAAUUUAUCCAACCCAAGGGUAAUAGCACAGAGUGUAGACUAGGAUCUGUGGCUCAGAAAAUUCAAGAGUAUAAUAGCUGUCUCAGUAAAGGUCAGCCCUCAGCACAAAUAAGCCAUAGUUCUGGCCACAGUUCCCCAACCAGAGUCCAGAAGACAAGUCAAGAGCCUACAGCCAAAAUGGAAGGAGCACAGGAUGCUUCUAGUGGCAGCAGUAAUAGGGAAAAUGCAAAUGUAGUGCUUUCUCAGAUCGUGGCUUCUAUCCAGCCCCCUCAGUCUCCUCCAGAAACACCUCAAUCGGGGUCCAAAUCUUGCAGUGUGGAAGAAUUAUAUUCCCUACCACCUGAUGCAGAUACCAUUAAAAGCAACGUGGUGCGACCCAAAUCUCUCUUUACCACACAGUCCAUCAGUGAUACUGAAGUAUCCAAUGCCGCAGAAAGCACUACCACUAAAAUGCAGAAGGACACACUUUCAAAGCCACUUACCACCCACUCUUCAAAGCCAGUAACAGGCACCCAUAAUAUCAUAAGUCCCAAAAUAGAACAAGCACCUCCAUUUCCCCCUCCACGUUCCACUUCUUCACCCUAUCAUGCAAGUAAUCUGUUGCAAAGACAUUUCAGCAACUGGAACAAACCAACCAGUCCCACUAGAUCCACAGAGGCAGAGGCAGUACUCCAUUCAGAAGGUAGACGAGCUGCUGAUGCAAAGCCCAAGCGCUGGAUCUCCUUUAAGAGCUUCUUCCGUCGCAGAAAGACUGAUGAUGAGGAAGAAAAAGAGAAGGAAAGAGAAAAAGGGAAACUAGUGGGUCUUGAUGGAACUGUUAUACAUAUGCUGCCUCCUCCUCCAGUUCAACGUCACCAUUGGUUCAGUGAGUCAAAAACAGACUCCAGUGAGAAGCCAUCCAUUGUUUUCAUGUAUAGAUGUGAACCAGCACAGGCUGAACCAAACACCAACCAGAACAAGCCUGGAGUGGAGUCUCCACAUAGAGAUACAGUGGCAAAGGACAACGCAGAAAUGGAAGAGAUGUUGCCAGAAGAUUCUGAACAGAAAAUUAAGAGUCAUUCUUCACCAUCUCAGGUUCCCAAGAAAAUCCUCAGUCAAGUGCCAGCUGAGACUACGGUGGAAGAUUUAUCUCCUCAGAUUCCAAGAGCUGUUUUUGUGAAGCAGGAUAUUGGUGACAGUACCUCUGUUAUACCAGUGUCAACUAACCAUGUCCAACAGGAGGAGGAAGAAAAGGAGGAAACAUCAGAUUCUUCUGACUUGAGCCCUUUCAGUGCUACAUAUAGCAAUUUAGGUCAGUCCAGGGCAACCAUCAUACCCCCAAAGCAGCCCCGGCAGCCAAAGGGAGCUUUGGAUGAUGCCAUUGCCUUUGGAGGAAUAGCAGACCAAGAGGCAACUAACAGCUCACAGCCAACACCUCCUCCCCUGCCGAAGAAAACCAUUUUGAGAGCCAACACAGAGCCAAACCCCAGAGAACUCCAGAAGCAGAUCCUGGAGAGCAAUCUUUGUGUUGUGGCCAACCCCACAUACGACAUUGACACCAACUGGGAAGCAAGCAGUGCCUGCUCUUCAGUCAGCUCAGAGCUCAAGGCACUGGACAUUGAGUCUGGAGAUUCCUUGGACAGACCUUCAGAAAAAGGAAAAGCAGCCAACUCAGCAGCCAACAGCGUUUCAAGCCUAACCAUUCUCAGUGUUAAGGAUAGGUGCUCCAACAGCUUGGAGUCUCUGUCUGGGCAACGCAUCUCCCAGACUAAGCAGAGCAAAAAUAUACAGAAGCCACAGAGACAAGCACUUUAUCGAGGAAUUGAGAACCGAGAGGAGGUGGUAGGCAAAAUCAGAACCCUUCAUGCUGAUUCACUGAAGAAGUUGGCGAACAAAUGCGAAGAUCUUUUCAUGGCUGGACAGAAAGACCAGCUGCGAUUUGGGGUGGACAGCUGGUCAGACUUCAGGCUAACCAGUGACAGGCCAUGCUGUGAAGCAGGCGAUGCAGUUUAUUAUCCAGCUUCUUAUGCAAAAGAUCCCCUCAACAAUUAUGCAGUCAAGAUUUGUAAGAGCAAAGCUAAAGAAUCCCAGCAAUAUUAUCACAGCUUGGCUAUCAGGCAGAGUCUAGCUAUUAACUUUAACAUCCAGCAGGAUUGUGGCCAUUUCUUAGCUGAUGUACCUGUUCGCCUCCUUCCAUGGGAGGAUCCCAAUGCACCUGAGGUGGAGGAGGAGGAUGAACAGGAAAAAGAAGAGGUAGAAGAUGAGCAAAAGAGCAAAGAAACUCCCUCCUGUUUGGAGGCUUCACAGAAAGACAAUUCAGGCAGUGAGAAGAACAUCAGCAAGCAGCGUAGCCGGGUGGUGGUCAUCACACGAGAGGUACCGUACCUAACAGUGGCUGACUUUGUGCAAGAGUCCACAGACCGCCAUGCAUAUAACCCAGACUUAUAUGAAAGGCAGGUGUGUCUAUUGCUCUUACAGCUGUGUUCAGGCCUGGAGCACCUGAAACCCUAUCACAUCACACACUGUGAUUUGCGCUUGGAGAACCUGCUGCUAGUUCACUACAGACCAAGGGGAGGCCUUCUGAACUAUGAGCCUGUGGAGCCCAAUCCCAGCUCAGCUUGCCCAGCCAGGCUAAUUGUGAGCAACUUCUCACAGGCUAAGCAAAAAAGCCAUAUGGUAGAUCCAGAGGUCCUACGGGACCAAUCCCGUCUGGCACCAGAGAUCAUCACUGCCACACAGUACAAAAAGUGUGAUGAGUUCCAAACUGGCAUCCUCAUCUAUGAAAUGCUGCACUUGCCCAACCCCUUUGAUGAGAAUCCAGAGUUGAAGGAGAAGGAGUACACUCAUGCAGACCUCCCCAGGAUCCCCUCCCGGUCCCUCUAUUCAUUUGGGCUCCAGCAACUUGCCAGCUGCCUGCUGAAUCCCAACCCUUCCGAGAGAAUCCUCAUUUCUGAAGCCAAGGGAAUCCUUCAGUGUUUGUUAUGGGGUCCCCGGGAGGAUUUGUUCCACACUCUCAGCUCCUGUUCCAGCCCAGUACGGAAGGAUGCUGUGCUGCAGAACUGGCUGGACAUCAAACGGACGCUGCUGAUGAUCAAGUUUGCAGAGAAGUCAUUGGACAGGGAGUAUGGAGUCAGCCUUGAAGACUGGCUUUGUUCUCAAUAUCUGGCGUUUGCCACUACAGACUCACUCAGUCGUAUUGUGAAAAUUAUGCAGCAACACUAGUUUGUACCAGCUGUUGCUUUUCCUCAGCCCCCUACUCUUUGCUCUAUUCUGCUCUCACCUUCUUUAUUCUAGGGUUCACACUUUGCACAGCUGCUGAAAAAAAAGCUUAGAUCUCAGAGCUAGCAACCCUGAGCAAAUAGGUUCUAAUUGGAAAUAAGUCUCCUAUUGAAGAUACACUGAGGAUUUUAUUCAAUUCCCAGGCCUUCCAUCUUUAAUCAUAUGUAAAAUGACUGCAGUUGGAUUAUAUACUGCCCAAGUUGGAUAAUUGUUCAACAGACUGAAAAAGAGAAGAGGCAAGAGUCCUCAAUGUCCAAUAUUGUUGCCUUCUCUGACUUGCUACUUGCCCAGAUCCCUUCCAAGGAUACUGCCUUAAUCUGCCAUGUUUAUCAACCUGUCAUAUUGCCGCUGAAAAGAAAUAGAACAUGCAUAUUUCUCUUCCCACCAGUAUAAAUGACCAGAUGAUCAUAUAUUGUAGAUAUAACACUGUUAAACAAGAGCAACAUAACAUACCAAGAGCAACUGAAACAUCCCUCCCACCCUAAAAUGCAGCCAAUCCCGCUUCAGUUGCCGCUAUGCAUCAGAUAUCAAAAUAGCAGCCUCCUUCUUUGGGUUUUAUUUUGGUUUGCUAGCCACUUGUGGCAUAUUGCAAAGCAGGACUCAAAUUGGCAGUGCUGGUGUGUUGGUAGGAUAUAGCUACACAGGCAAGCGCUAAACAAUUCUAACAGGCCACGUGGAGAUGGUUUUAAUUCAAAUGUUGUUCUCUGCGGGAAGAACAAGGGGCAAACACUGAUUUAAUUACUGAGAAAGCUGUAAAGUUUGGCAGCUGUAACUAGUGUGACUUGAUCCAUUUUCCCCAUGGGAGAUAUGAAGCCAAAUACUGCUAUCAGUGUUUACUAGUGUACCAACAGCAUCAGAUAACACCCUAAAAAUGGAAUGGCUGUCAGUGUAACUCAGAAAUCAUUGCAAUACCGUUUAGAGUGAGGAGCCACUAGUGAGUAUUAAGGUGACAGGUUUUAAAAAAAGGCCAACCUGAAGUCGCUUUUCACCUUUAUAUGCAGUUGCUGUUUCCCUUCCCUGCAAUAGCACUCCUGUGAGUGCCUACAAACAUGCAGCUAAUCUGUUUGCUUAGCGUUGCUAGCUUCUGACUUGUCACCAAGAUCUCUGAAGAACACAAUGGGGGCAAAGGAAAGGUGAUAUUUAAUAUUCUGAGAUGGGUGGAGGAAAGCAUACAGCCCGUUUUGAGCCUGUGCUUCUCUCCUAUGGAUAUAUGUGCAAUUCUUGUAUGUAUUUUUUUAAAUCUGUAUAUUACAGUGUUUACAUUAUUUACCAGACUUUACCUGAUGCUAGAUCUGCAAAUCCUUCCUUUACUUUCCUGGCACAUAAAUGCGCAGUUACAUGUGCUCUUUAUAUGGAUGGAUAUUUCAUUUUUCAUUGUUUGUUAAAACUGUGAGAAACCAGUUUACUUCAAUGUUGCUAACAAAUAGCCACUUUUUAUACAAAGUGCAUGCUUGGACCAGAUGAAUGGAAACCGAACAAACCUGCAGGCAUGAGGUCAGCAAAACUAGCUCCAUAUACACACCAUGUAUUUGAAGAGUGUGAAAUUUCUCUGACAACUGUCAGAGCCAAGCCUUGUGGUAUGUGGAAGCCAACAUUGAUUGUGCGGUAGAUAUAGAAUACUUUGUGGCCUUUUUAAACUUUCUGAUGAAAUAUCCUUUUGUCUGAUUCAUCUGUAUCAGAGAAGAAUCAGGCAAGGAUACGGAUCACGUAUUUUAAUAUAAUUUUAUAUAU